AUGAGUGAUACCGACACUGACGACACCGAUCUCUUGCUGCUCAUACCACCAGACUUCGACUUCUGUGCGGAGGCCAAGAUGAGCGCAGGCGCGGCUGCCGCAGAUGCACUGGCCAUGCCCCCGCCGCCCGCGCCCACAAGUGCGGCGUACCAGUUCCUGCAUCCCAGCAAGAAGUCGGAGCUGAACCACAUAAAUGCCCGGCUGCAGAACAUCGGACUAGACGCGGAGGAACCGCCGUCGGACAUAUCCACCAUAUCCACGAACACGGUGAGGAACACGGCAGCAGGUUGGCCAAGUAGAGAGCUCCAUGGUAUGGUGCACUCCACGCCGAAGAGUGGCUCCUCAAUGGAGCCCCUGCGCCAGCGACCUCUGGAAGACAACAUCCUCCUCGAGAUCGAUCACUACCUGGACGAAAACAAUGCGCAUCGCUGGCGACAGCGACAGGAUCACCACCUGCAUCACCACAGCGAUGAUCAUCUCCGGAACGAGCGGCUGACACAGGAGGGUCAUGCGGCGACCACAUCUCUACCCAGCAUGAGGCUGGCCUCCUCCUCCUCCGGCGCUCCUUCAGUGGAGCCAGCCAGAGGUGCCCGAAAUAGCCUUAAUGAGAACAAGCUCAUCAGCCUCAGCGACCUCUGGGGCAAGAGCAGCAUGGCUAGAACUGUCCUGGACAACAACUCCCCCAACCGACUCCUUUGCAGUCCUUCCCUAAAGGAGGAACAACUCAGAAGGCAGCAUCUGGAGAAAACAGUCCACACCCUGCAAUCCCAAUUACUGGAGUACCAGCAGCGCAUAUCAGUGGCCAUCGAGGUAGAUCGCUCCAAGGAUGCCGCACUCAGUGAGGCAGAACAAACGGCCCAGAGUCUCAACUACGAGGUUCAGCAACUGCGGGACGCUCUCCACAGGCUGGAGGCGGACAGGAGCGAGUCUCAGGGCAAGAUCGAAGCACUGCAGCAUGAGUUGUCGCAGGCUGUCAACUUGGCCACCAAGUUCCAGGAGAAGAAUGAUAAACUGGAAGCAGAACUGGACCAUCGCAGGCAAGAUGCCAAAGAUUGGGACGAAAGGCUGGAGCAGAUGGAAAUGCAGCUAACCAGCAGCAAGAGAGCGGAGGAGCUGUCCCACGCCGAGCUCAACAAGCUGAGGGAUAAGUUUGCCAAGGUAGACUACCAGCAGGAGAAGCUAAAAGCCCGCAUAGAAGAACUUGAGAAAGACAAGAACACGCUUAACCACCAAAAGGAAAUGUUGCAGGAAUAUCAUCAAAAGCAGAAAGCUAGAGCGGACUCCUUGGAGACCCAGCGUAAAUCCCUCCAAGAAACGCUGGCUAAUCUGACCGAAACUGAGACCAAUCUCAAAAAAAAGCUAGAAGUACAGCAGAAAUCCCUCAAGCAGUACUACCAACAGCAAAUGGAAAACGUGGUGGCCAAAAAGAUGCAGGAGUUCCAGGACCAGCUAGACAAAAACGAGGAGCAUCUGAAGAGCGAAGCUCGCGAGCGGGAAAGACUGAUUGCCGAGCGGGCUGUGAAGCAGCUCGAAAUGAUCAACGAGAAAAACAACCAGGAGCUGAAUCUCAUCCAGGAGAAGCACAACGAAGAGGUGGAACUGUACCGCCUGCAGCUGGCGAAUGCCUCCAAAAAGAUUGAUGAAAUGGACCUCAAGCUCAGCUGUUACAAGACCAAGCGUGCUGAUAUUGCGGAGAAGCUGCAUGGAGUGAUGGAGGCCCAGUGGCAGCAGGCACUUGCCAUCCUCACCACUCCCAAUCAGAACUCCCUGAUGCAGGCCAGCGACACUGAGGGGGAAUCUCCGGAGCUUAACAAUGCCCGCAUGUAUCCAGAGACACCCAAGACCAGUAAAUCGCAGCGCAGCAACAGCACGGAGAAAAACAACCUGGAUGUGGUGGGCAAGCGGGAUCCGCCCUCGCCGAUGGACAAGCUGCAGGCCUACAUUGAGCUGCUCCUCAGCAAGUCGCCCAGUGAUUUCGACAAACUGGAUGAGAUCCUGGCCAUGACGACCAAACAGGGCAGCAAGCAAAGCAAACCAAAAGGCACAAGUGGCGGAAGCAAGCCUCCGCCCUGGAAGUGCUGACAGCAAGAGAAGCUCUCGAUAAGUAAUAUUGUAUUUAGUAAUAUCCAUAGUUCGAUAAGUAUUAAUCCCCAUCCCCCAUUCAGUAGCCACUACGAUGUACAUUGUAGUUU